AUGGCGAAGAGCCCAGAGGUGAAGCUAGCUGUUUUUGGCCGAGCCGGAGUGGGAAAAUCAGCUCUGGUAGUGAGGCUCCUGACCAAACGUUUCAUCUGGGAGUAUGACCCCACACUUGAGUCCACAUAUCGCCACCAAGCAAACAUCGAUGAUGAAAUGGUUAGUAUGGAGAUACUGGACACAGCUGGACAGGAAGACACGCAGCAGAGGGAAGGUCACAUGCGUUGGGGUGAUGGCUUUGUCAUUGUGUAUGACAUCACUGACCGUGUCAGCUUUGAAGAAGUGGCUCCUCUGCGAGGCCUGCUAGAGGAGGUGAAAAAGCCCAAGCACGUGCCCCUGGUUCUGAUAGGGAAUAAAGCUGACCUGGAGCAUGCCCGACAAGUGGCCACCGAAGAAGGCGAGCGGCUAGCCGCAGACAUGGCCUGUGCUUUCUACGAGUGCUCUGCGUGCUCCGAUCAGGGCGGCGGAGUAGCGGAGGCUUUUCACGAGCUGUGCCGUGAAGUUAGGCGUCGUCGAGCCGUGCAGGGCAAAGCCCGACGUCGCAGCUCCACCACGCACGUCAAGCAAGCCAUCAAUAAGAUGCUGACAAAGAUCAGCAGUUAG